GUCACUUACGUCGUCCGCGGUGCCUCGAGGGGCCUUGAUAUAUAAUAUCUUCAACUCCAGGACACUCUCCUUAUGUCUGAAUUACUUCCCCGUACACCCUAAGAACCCUCUUUCUUCUAGAUUGUCCAUUCUCUUUCAGAUUGCCUUCAAAUCUUAAUUUGAGUCCACCGCAGAGUUACAGCCUGGACAUUCUACUAUGGACGUUCAACUCUACAUCUACGAUCUUUCCAAUGGCCUCGCGCGACAGUUCUCGGCUGUGAUGCUGGGAACAUAUAUUGACAUGGUCUACCACACUGGAAUCGUGAUGGAAGGAGUGGAAUACACAUACGAUGGCGGAAUCAAAGCACUAAAGCCGGGUAAAAGUCACCUCGGUGAGCCACUGCGAAUAGUUGAGCUGGGAACGACAGAACUCCCAAUGGAAGUCAUACAAGAGUACCUUGAGUCGCUGAAGGAGAUCUACACCCAAGACGUAAGAGCAACUAUAGAUUCAAUAGAAUUAAGCUUACAGCUACCUAGGCAUACAACAUUUGGACCCAUAACUGCAAUAACUUCGCCAACGACUUUGCGACCUUCCUUCUAGGCAAAGGCAUACCCGAGUAUAUCACGAAUCUCCCCGAAACCUUCCUCAACUCUGAUUUCGGCAGGGCAAUGGUUCCAAAAAUCAAUAGAAUGGUUGAGAAACGACAGAAUAAGAAUGGUGGACUUCUAGGUCUGGCUGAACCCAACAAUGCUCUGAUGACACACGAGCAGAUUUCUUCCAGCGUCAGAGCAGUGACAACGCCUGUAGCACUCGAAACAACACUGAUGGAAGCUAAACGAGCAAGUGCCGUAAUCUUCUUCACAUCGGCAACUUGUGCGCCGUGCAAAAAACUGUACCCUUUGUACGACCAGUUGGCCGCGGAGACAGCCCACAAGGUUAUCCUAAUUCAGGUGGAUAUAUCCCGGUCUUAUGACAUUGGUAUGAAGUAUAGCAUUAAAAGCACACCCACGUUCAUUUCCUUCUUGCACGGCGAACAACAAGAGAUUUGGUCUGGAGCAGAUGCGGCCAAGUUGGAAGGCAACGUCAGAAUGCUUGCUCGUAUGGCAUUUCCUCCCCAUAAGCACGAGUCCCUUGCUCUUCCAGCACUUCGUGGUGCAAUCACUACACCAGUUCUAUACAGCAAAAUUCCACCUCUCGGGAAACUGAAAGCGAAAAUGGGAGCCGCAGCAGACGACAGCUCCAUAACAGAAGUGAUGGGAUUUGUUGCAGCUCGGGCUGAAGGGAAGUCGGCAGAAACUCAUUUACCAGAUCUUGAUGCAUUCAGUCGGUUCUUGCGAUCUGCACCCGCAAAACUUCCUACAGAAAUUAUGUUUACGGUUGUUGACCUGCUUCGGGUCGCCCUUGUCGAUCCUAGGCUAAGUGGAUACUACGCGGAAGAAAAAGCACACCUGACUAUUGCCCCGAUCCUAUCUUAUGUUAAUCAUCUCAAGGAUUGCCCGUACUCUUUACGACUGGUGACUCUCCAGAUGGCUUGCAACUUGUUCUCCAGCCCACUGUACCCGAAUCAUAUUCUCAGUUGCCCCACAAUGACAAAACCAAUCAUGGAUUUGGUCACGACGAGCUUGCUCGAUGAUAAGCAUCAAACUGUUCGCAUUGCAGCCGCAAGCUUAUCAUUUAACAUAACCACAGCCAAUGGGAAAUUACGACUACAGGAGCACCGAGAUGGCCUCUCCGAAGACGAUCAAGUUGAACUCGCAGCGUCCUUGCUGGAAGCGAUUAUCGUCGAAGAACAAUCCCCCGAAGCGCUGAAGGGAUUUCUGCUAGCCCUUGGAUACUUGACUUACCUAACACCCGGCGAUGGGGAAUUAGUAGAAUUAUUAGAAAUCACGGAUGCUCAAGGUGCGGUUCGUUCGAAGAAGACACUUUUCUCUGAUGAGAAGCUGGUGCAGGAUGUUGGUGGAGUCCUUCUAGGUGCUGGGUUGAAAUGAAAUGGUUGGUCUCUCCUAGUGUAACGGUCGGCAUUCUAGUAUAUAUAGACAUGAAUUGAAUAAAGCUCCAUUCCAAAAUUGAACCUCUAGUAUUGUGCGAUAUCUAGCUGUAUUAGUACGAAGGAGGUAUUGGCUGGUGAUUUUCUGUCACGUGUAUCCCUCUUGCCCCUUUUCCAUCCUUCGCUUAACUAUACGAGUAACUUUUGUAAGAAAUUAUAUACUAACUAGUGAUAAAUCGCGCAGGGGAAAGACGCAUAGACUAUCCCAAGCGUAAAUCAUUAAACACUUAUUUAAUAAUAAUUAUCGGGUAUCUAUCUACUCCUUCCUUCCUUACAAGCUUUUCUUAAAGGCUAGGAGAAUAAACAAAAAGAAUCCUUUACGUGGUAAGUAGAGAUCUAGUUACACGAUCUACUAGGCACAACUCGAAUUUGGGAAAUACUGGGUGUAGUACCUAAAAGGGACCAUGAUCUUGUGCUUGAUUCUGUUGGAAAUCUUGUGGUCUGGGGAGAUACGUUUUUGGUGUAGUAUAAUCUAGUAUUUUGAUUUGGGUACUGCGUGGUGAUUUGAACUACAGUUAUCUCGUUUUGAGAGCAGGCUUUGGGAUGAGUUUGGUGUUAGUGUGGAAGUAUGGUUUUUUCUCUGCUUAACCGGUUGGUUGUAAAUUCUCAGGUCGUGGUACGGGGAAUUUAUAGUGUGAACAGAAGUCAGAUUUGCAUAUGUCUAGGCAAGCGUUAAUAAUUGAAUUUUCCUAGUGUAGGUAAUGUGAGACUUGGAUUUUUCGGAUGUGGGGUUAGAUGCUAAUAUAACUCCGGUAUGUUGUCGAGGUUGAGAUGGUUAUGUAGUGUGAUAAGGAAAGGAGCGGGAUUACAGUGAGGCAGUUAGUACAAAAGAGCAAGGAUAUAGAUUAAUCACUUAGAAACAGAUAGCUAGGGUUAUAUGGGAAGGAAAUGGCAUUUAACAAUAGAAAUGUUAUUAUUAGGUACGGGAUAGUAAAUGUUUAAAGGCAAAUAUGUAGGAAAUGUGGAGUUAUUAGGAAGGAGGGAUGAAGUGAGGAGGCGAUGGAAGUGAUAUUUUUGCUAUUGGAGGUUACAACCACAUGGUUCGCCUAUUUUGGAGGAAAGAUAGGCUGGACCAAUAAAAUCAGUGCUGGUAGUAGUAUUAGCACACUGCCUGGAUUCACCAUACCCAUAGUUAAUUGCGUAUAUCCUGAAAUAGUGAGUGUGGAUCUUUGACCACCAAAGAAGUAUGUUCAUCUGUACAAGCAACACAUGAAUAGCCAAAGUGACAGUUUAUUUGAAAGACGAGAUCUGCACCUCAGUUGGUUAAAUACUUUCUCUUAUUCUUUAGGGAAUGGUGAGUACGACGUACAGCAUGUGCAAAAAGGUAAGCAAUGGUGAUCACUCUACUUGUUACCCUGCACCACAGCAAAUUUGCAGUUGAACUGCGUAUGGCUUCAGCUGUGAUACUCUCCUGCAAGUAUCCAUUUCAAGCACAUUAUAAUUACUGUGAUUCUCAGGUCGUUAAUUGCUUUGACUGCAUGAUCUGGGUACCUAUACCUUAGAGGUGGAUGGCUCCUAACUUCCUCUAUUCACCCAAGCGAACACUUAAGCAAGAGGACUACAGAGAGAGGUAAAGAUUCACAGAAGAAUCCUUUGGUGUUUUGAGAUCUUUUUUUUGCUUAUUCUACGAAGCCUUCCUGUAGACAUUGAUGUGAUGUCAUUCCUGCGGAAAAAACGCCACCCUCACCUGGUUGUUUACGCGCAACAUAGCGCGUCCUUCAGAAAUCCAUCGUUACAGUAACAAUCAUCAACACCAAAGAAGUUUGGCAUUCAGCGUUUUAUUGCACAUCUUCGCCAACCCACCAGCAAUCGCCUAUCACAACCUCCCAGGCGCUUAUCGGAGAAAAUCCGGGGAACACAACAACCGCCUAUCAAUUGCAGCAAGAGCCCCUAAGACCCCUGCUCUGGUCCCUGCACUCACCCUGCCAACUGGCAAGGUAAGUAAACACAAAUACCUUGGCUUCAAUGUACCUCAAUCUGCAACAAAAAUACCACGAGACCAUCCACAAAAUACAGGAAACCCUCCUGGAUACAUCCCUGGCACCUGAGCUUAUGCCCAAAUCCAUCACGAUGAAUUCUCCCAGAACAGGCGCGUCUACGCCCUCGCUCCGAGCUCGGGCUGGGAGUGAGAUAUCCAACAAGAUGGAAACUCCUGCAGGAAACGUUCGCGUGGUGGUCAGAGUCCGAGGAUUUCUUCCGAGAGGUAUGAGUAGAAUCAAUCCUGCCAGAACGAAAUAUAUGCUCACAAUCGAACAACAGAAACCGAACGCGGCGCACAAUGCCUUAUCGAAAUGGACCCCGCUACGCAAGCUACGACUCUCCUUCCCCCGAAUGAUACAGAUACCGCGAAUUCGAGAUCGAAGAUGAGAAAGGUUAUUGAAGAAAAAUCUUUCACUUUUGACAAUUCAUUCUGGAGCCAUAAUAAGAAGGACGAACACUACGCACACCAGGAGGACGUCUACAAUUGCCUGGGGGAGGAAUUUUUGGAUCACAAUUUUGAAGGUUACCAUACGUGUAUUUUCGCGUACGGUCAGACUGGUUCAGGCAAGAGCUACACCAUGAUGGGCACUCCAGAUCAGCCGGGUCUCAUUCCGCGAACCUGCGAAGACUUGUUCGAACGAAUUGAAGCAGCCGCUAUUGAAACUCCCAGCAUAUCCUACAACGUCAGAGUUUCGUACUUUGAGGUGUACAACGAGCAUGUUCGGGACCUUCUGACACCGGUGAAACCAAACCAGCCACCGUAUUACCUUAAAAUUAGAGAAUCCCCCACCGAAGGACCGUACGUGAAGGAUCUCACGGAUGCGCCUGUCAGGAAUCUUACGGAGAUUCUGCGGUACAUGCAAAUGGGUGAUACAAGCAGAACAACAGCAAGUACCAAGAUGAACGACACCAGUAGUAGAAGUCACUCGGUUUUUACCAUUAUGCUUAAGCAAAUCCACCACGAUAUGGAUACCGAUGAGACCACUGAGCGUGUGGCCAGAAUUAGACUUGUUGAUUUAGCUGGGAGUGAGAGAGCCAAGGCCACUGAGGCGACAGGAACUCGACUUCGUGAAGGAAGCAACAUCAACAAGUCACUCACCACACUUGGCCGCGUCAUUGCCGCACUGGCGGAUCCCAAACAAAAUCGACCUGGAAAGCGAAGCAAUAAGGAUGUCGUUCCUUAUCGAGAUUCUAUUCUUACUUGGCUACUUAAGGACUCGUUGGGAGGCAACUCCAAGACAGCCAUGAUUGCUUGUAUUGCUCCUUCAGAUUAUGACGAGACGCUCUCCACCCUCCGCUAUGCCGAUCAAGCAAAGAGAAUUAGAACUCGUGCAGUUGUCAACCAAGAUUUGGUAUCAGCUGCUGAAAGAGAUGCUCAAAUUGCCCAAAUGGCAGAGGAGAUUCGAAUUCUUACCCUCAGUGUUUCCGAAGGCCGUCGUCGCGAGAAAGAAGACAAAGAACAAGAAGAAAAGAUCGAAGAGUACCAGAAUCGCGUCAUUGCCAUGCAGCGCUUGAUGGAGGAGCGAAGUCAGGUUGCUGAAGGAAAGAUUCGGGCCCUCAAUGUGGAGAAUGAGGCGCUUCGACUUCAUCUCAAACUCGCUAUUGAUAGUAUCAAGAACCCGAUUAAUGUGAGAAGCAGUGUACCUCCAGAAGAAACUAUCGAGAUCUUGGAAGGCUCAGUGGACAGAGAUCCCGAAGCAGCUCAAGAGGCCGAUUUCGAGGAUGACAAGACCGAGGUUCCUGAUUACGAUUCCGAUUGCACCAGUGAUGAAGCUGUCGAUCUUCUUACGGAAUCCGAGAAACGAGCCGAGCAGGUUCAGGAGUUCCAACAGGACUUGCUCUCUGAUCUCGCCCGAUUCAUGUCCAAGGUCAUGGAUGACAAAUCCCGCUUCAUGACUCCCAUGACCCCCGACCGUGGAUUUUACGUUCAAAAGUCCGAUGGAUCGUGGACUUGAAAAGGGGAAGGGGUUUUUUGGCUGGUCUGCGGUGUCUUGAAUUUCACUUGCAAUGAUUCUUGAAGAGGAGUGGACUUUGGUGUACUUGAAUCCUGUGAAAUCGAUGGGUUCUUGAACCCUGUUGGAGGAGUACAGUACAGCUCAGUACGAGUAUAGAUAGGGUGUGUGUUGGUUUAGCGUGUUUUUCACUCUUGUAUUUAUGGGGGGGUUUUGAAACGAGCUUCUUUUUGGUUGGUUUGGGAGGAAUGGAUUAGCGACGGUGUUAUGUGUAAAUGGUAUGGCAGGCAGGAUGCAUUGUACUGUCAGAUUUACCGAUCACGACUAAGAUGAAUAUGGGGAAUUGUGGUGUUCCGUGUAGCAUAGCCGAUGAGUUGAUUGUGGUGGAGUUGAAUGGAAUAAUACUUCUUUUGCC